ACUCAGGGAGGGAAGACGUCACGGCCUCAAAAGAAUGCGCGGGUCAAUUGCAUAUUAUUAACAGUUCCAUUGUUUUGCUAACGCUAACGUUUGGCUAGCAAGUGUGCGAAAUAGCCGCUUAACCAGCUUUUACGUGAUAGUUAAACAGUUUUUAGUGGAUUCAAAUAAAUUCGCUCUGGGCGCUAACCGAAUAAGAGCAGUAACGUUAAUUAAAAGCGAAAUGAUAAGUCGUUGGCUGUUAGCUGGUGAGUAGCGGACGUUGGGCUCGCCGUCGUAAACAGACGCCUAACGUAACUGUUAGAAAACGAUAUAACGUUAAUUACAUAACAUAAAUGGAGACAAAGUACCCCGCUUUGAAGAGACCAAAGAGGAAGCUCUGCUACCCCACAAACAAGGAAAGUCCAUCCAGACAAUGGGCAGGAGAGCUGCUUCUGGAAGACGUUAGUAAGAUGUUUGAUGACUUGGAUUCAGCCUCACAUGAUGAUUGCGAUGUACUUCCCCCAUCUCUACUGCUUGAUACUGAGAAUAAACAGGGGGAGGGAGAGGCUGCAGAUGUCCCACAGGAGGGACCCCUAACUGAAAAACCUCCAACAUGCAAAAUGGUUCCAAAAGAAGAUGACCUACAUCCUGUGACCAGGUCAGCCAGUCCUAAACUGGACAUCGAUUUGGACAUCCCAUUUAAAGGGCAUGGGCCAGUGAAGACCUCCAGCCCUAUUGAAAGUGAUAUCGGUGCAGAGGAACAGGACAAUGAAAAAGAGCAAGCUGUGUCCCCGAUCCUCUUUUUCUGUGAAGAAAAAGAACAAGAAGAGGCAAAGAAGGAGCCUCUUCCCAUCCAGAAACCCCAGAGCAAUGGGCUCAUCACAGAGGAAAGUGACGAUUUCAAUUUGGAGUCUCCUCCAAGUAAGAUUUUUCUCAGCAAAUCCAAGUCCAGUCACAAAAACAAGGUGGAGGCAUCAUGCAAAGAGAGUCACCCAGGCGAUGAAAACAUACCCAAGAAAUCUCAAAUACCUGUUUUGGAGGGCAAAAGUAAAACAGAAAGGCAAGAAAAUACAAACCCGCCUUUGUCAGCAUUGAGGCAGGAGCCUGAACAUGCAGCUCCUGAGAAAAACACAGAAAGUGUUCGCAAGGAGCCAGCAGCGGAAACGUCCACCCGUGUGGGAAAAGAGAUGACAGCUUUCCUACAGAAACUUAGAGAUGCUGGGCAGCCCAAACCUGCAAGUUCUAGAAAGUCACUGUCACCGGUUAAAGUACCCACGUGUCCACCUGAGCCAGAGGAUGACUUUCUGAUCCUGGAGGACGAUACACCUAUUCGGUUUUCCAUCCUUAGUAAAACUGCUGCCAAAAAGAAACAGAGGCAGAACAAAACCUCCAGCACCGACAAAGACAGCUCAACAGACAAGGGGGUGAAGGAUGUUUUUGUGCAACUAGAGAUGACACAGAAACAGCUGGAAUCGGAUCAGACAAACAGGAAACUUCAGAGUAAGACUGUCAAUCAGAAAAUGAAGAAAAAAGGCAAAGAGAGAGAGAAAGAAGUGACUGAGACAGACAUGGAUGGAUGCAUUCGUUCCACUCCUGAGGAUCUUCCUGCAGUUGACUCAGUGGAUCAAGAUAAACCAAACAAAAAAACCCAACAGCGACUCAAGAAAGACAGUGACAACGCAGAGGACAAACCUAAAGACACAGCCAGCAGGGAAACAGAUGAAGAAAACUCCUCAAAACCCCAGAGGUCGUCUGAGGUGAAGAGAUCAAAGUCUUCAAAAUAUAAGAAAGAAAAUGCCAAGACAAGCAAAGCUAAAUCAUUAAAGGUGACCAGAAAAGAGAUGCAGGGAUCUGAUGGAGCGAAGGAACAAAGGAGCAGUGAGCAGGAUGCAGAUGUUGAAGACCUGGGUUCUCUUUCAGACAAAGAACUCUUGAAAUCUGAAGCACAAACAGCAAAUGUUAAGACCAAACAGAACAAACAGUCAACUGUUUCUGUGGAGAGUUCGUCUGAUGAUGGUCAGUUGCUUGGGAAAAGGAAAAGAAAUCCGCCUGGACAGUGGUGGUUGAGCUGUCCGGAGAGCACAGAGGAAACAAAGAUAACAGACAACCAGCCUGUUCUGAAGAAGUCCAAACAGAACCGUAAAGAGCUCUCAGCAGAAGUAUCUCCACCUGUAAAGGCUAAGAAUGAAGGACUCUUAAAGCAAAGACAUCACAACACAAAUAAAAAGAAAAACAAACACAGAACUACAAGAGAAAACAACCCAGACAAGGUGAAAGCAACAGCUGAACCUCACAUGAUUGGUUCACAGCAGAUUGAAGCUCAGGAGCAGCAGCAGGACGUCUUAGACCAGGACCUGGAUCUGGUAUUUCCACACAGAGAACACAGCUUCAACUCAGGGGAUCAGAUAUUUCAGAGAGUGUAUCAUCACAGCGGUAGUGAAAAAAUGUCCAGCUCACCAGCAGCACCUGUAUCUCCCAGUAGACCUUCGGAGCAGCUCGGGUCACCAAAACGAGAAAAACGGAGGCGGAAACCUCCUGGUGCAUGGUGGACAGUUGAUAACACGUCUGAGAACAUGGAGAGCGUUUCCUCUCAGUCUCAGCAGCUCAACCCCAAGGAGCCCAAACCUCAUAAGGAAAGAAAAACAAAACAAAACAAAAGCAGAUCUCCUGAACCUGGGACUCUCAAAAAGGGCAACAGUGCAGUCUCAUCAAAACCACCGGGGGGAGCUCACGUAACUCCUCUGAAACCGAGACAGGCUCCAGAGACUGUCAAACGCACCCUGGCCACAUUUAAGGACGUUUUUACUUCAGCCACAGAGAGCACUGCUGUACUCAACAACAGCGAUGCAGGUCAGAAUAACAGACGUGACGUCACUGUGUGUCCUGCUGAGGAGUCUGCCACUGACGGUACAACACUCAGUAAGACUAACAAAGAGAUUCUCAGUAUAGAUGCAGGUGAAUUCAACCGCGAGAGCCCGUCAGCCAGAAGGCGUCACAGCACGUCAGCUGUCCUCAGGAGCGGGCCGUCAUCCAUGAUUGAGCUGGAACAGUACGAGGAAAAUGACGACAUGGUUCUUCCAUCAAGCAGAGUUGACCAUUCUACGCUCUCUGUGUUGGAUCUGUGCGCUCCGCCUCUCAAACCGCUCAGCCUACAGGCGAAGGAUAAAGUCAACCUGGCGGAGUGGCUGAAGAGUCUCUGGCCUGCCACUGUGAAUAAUGGAGCUGAGAUCACUCCAGACCACUUCGAUUGGUACUUCUACCAAGGCAGAGCGAUUGGCUUCCUGCAGGACCUGCAGAGUGGAUCCAUCUCGAAUGGAAAGAUCCUGCUGGGCUCCUACAUGAAGAAGCCUCUCUGGGUGGACCACAGCGCUACAACAGUUUUCAACUUAUUAACAAGCUCUGUGAGUGUAACCGUCGACUGCAAUGAGACCCGUUUCAACCCAGGACGAUCCUUCAUGGUGGAAUGUGGACAUGCCUACAGCAUCCAGAACCUCACCGCACAGCCUGCAGUUCUCUGCUUCACCAGGAUACUUGAAGAAAGUCCAGACUGAAGUUGUCCACUGAAUUGCAGCUAGAUAACCAGCCACAUUUCCCUAAUGACACCUAAAGGGUGUGGG